GGAUAAAAAAAUAUUAACGAUCCAAACAACCAUCUAGGCGCCAUUUACGAGCUUCAGUAAUAACCGUAAGGUGUCAAUAAACAAGCCCUUCGACUCAAAGUGACUAUAGUAUUUUAUAGUCACUUUGCUUCGACUGAAGGAAACUUUGGUUCAGACUGCAGACCCUAAAAUCUCCCCUUUAUGCCUUUAGGCUCAGUCAGCGCGGCCCAAGUUCUCCAGGAUGAGUAAAACGAGGUUUUUUGAUAAUGAAUUUGUUGGCUGUGAGAAACUUGAAGAUAUUAUUGUAGGUAACGGGGAGAAUGCAAACAUUAAAGAAAGUUGUAAAAGACAACUCAAAACAGCAUUGCUGCAAAUGGUUCAUGACAUAGAAAGAGCAUCACAUUCUUUUGAAAAGAAUGAUAUAUCUGUGUAUACUGGGAUUAGUGGGUAUGCUUUACUAUACUUGCAUUUGUACAAGAUUUUUCAAGACGAAAAGUACAUCGAGACUGCCCAAAAAUAUAUAACAUCUGCUCUGAAGCGUUUAAAAGGAAGAAGAAUGACUUUUCUCUGUGGUGAUGCAGGACCACUAGCUAUUGGAGCAGUGGUAUAUCAUACUUUAGGUCGUAAAGAAGAUUCCAAGACAUGUGUAAAUAAUUUAUUGGCCAUGUUAGAGUCGGUGCUACCACUAGACCAAGAAAUAUAUAACGAAAUGCUGUAUGGGCGGGCUGGGUAUUUAUAUUCUCUGCUUUAUGUUAGAAAACAUGUUGAAAAUUCUGGUAUAAAAGAUGAAGCCAUUAAUCGAGUCAUACACAGUAUAAUUGAAUCUGGAAAAUUAACUGCAUCAAAUAAACAAUCUGCAGCUUUGUCUUAUGCAUGGCAUGGUUCAGAAUAUAUUGGUGCAGCACAUGGAUACAUUGGGAUUUUAUAUACCCUGCUCUGUACAAAUUACCAAACUUAUCAAGAUGAUAUUAAAUCGACAAUAGAUUUUGUACUUGGAAUCCAAUACCCAUCUGGAAAUUUUCCAUCUUCCUUUGGCAGUGAUAAUGACAGAUUAAUACAUUGGUGUCAUGGUGCACCCGGGGGUGUUUAUCUUAUGAUGAAAGCGCAUGAGAUUUUUGGAGAAGAAAAAUAUCUUGAAAGUGCUUGUAAAGCUUCUGACACUGUAUGGAAUCGUGGACUUUUAAAAAAAGGAUAUGGAAUUUGCCAUGGAACAUCUGGUAAUGGUUACGGAUUCCUAGCCUUGUAUAAAUACACAAAAGAUGCGAAAUAUUUAUAUAGAGCUGUGCAGUUCGGACUGUGGUGCUGCGGGUAUAGAGAAAGACAUGGUCUUAACACUCCUGACAGACCUUACUCUUUGUUUGAAGGAAUCGCAGGUGCUGCAUACUUUCUUGCCGAUUUACUCAGUCCUAACAAUGCUAAAUUUCCUGCUUUUGAAUUGUGAUGUGCAGGCUACCAUAUUAUCACUUUGCUCUUAUUUCUUUGUUGACAAUUUUACUUUUCAUAUUCAGCCUGUUGUACUUUCAACAAUUAAACAGCUUAUUGUAUUGUGCUUGCUUAAAUAAAGUUUAAAACAGAAAAGCCAAUGUACAUUCAUAAUACUAAUAAUUAGCAUAAAACAUGAUAAUGCUUCUUUGACUAAUUAUGGAAAAAUGAAGCAAAAA